GCACAACAAUAGGUGAUUCUUAAACAACUAGUUCCCACAAAGGAAAGACACUCUUUUUCACUCUUCUCUCUCUCUUUCUCUCUGCAGCAUCAUCAUGAGCAGAGAAAUGACAAUCCCAGUGAUCAAAGAAGAAGACGAAGGAACAAAGGAAGUGGUUCAAGAAAAAGAUGAAGAGGUUCAACGAAAAGGGGAAGAAGCGUCUCACCCUCACGCCUUUCAUGUCUCUGGUCCUCGCAAUUUGACCAAUCUUAACUGGAGAGACCUUAUCAGUUCUAGCUGGAAGGAUGCAAAUUACAAAAGAACUGUGAUUGCUUGUUUUAUACAGGCAGUUUACCUGGUUGAACUUGACAGACAGGAGAACAGAAGCCCAGAAAAUGCUCUAGCUCCAAAUUGGUGGAUUCCCUUCAAGUACAAACUCACUCAAACACUGAUUGAUGAAAGAGAUGGAUCCAUUUUUGGUGCAAUACUUGAAUGGGACAGAGCUGCAGCAAUGGCUGACUUAGUUCUAAUCAGACCAAGUGGUGCCCCCAAAGCCGUUUUAGCUCUAAGAGGAACAUUGCUCAAAAGCCCUACAAUGCGCAGAGACAUCGAAGAUGACCUUAGAUUUCUAGCCUGGGAAAGCCUGAAGGGCUCUGUCAGAUUUAAGGUAGCUCUGGAGGUACUAAAAUCUGUCUCAGACACAUAUGGAAGCAGCAAUGUUUGCAUUGCAGGGCAUUCAUUGGGAGCUGGUUUUGCUCUUCAAGUGGGAAAAGCAUUGGCAAAGGAUGGCAUUUAUGUGGAGACACAUUUGUUCAAUCCACCUUCUGUUUCACUGGCCAUGAGUCUGAGAAACUUUGGGGAAAAGGCUGAGUUGGUUUGGAAGAAACUUAAAUCCAUGCUUCCUUCUUCAAGUAGUGAAGAAGGUCAAGGUAUUGGCAAUGGUGGAGACAAGACUGUGAGCAUAGGAUUGAAGAGUUGGAUACCACGGUUAUCUAGCUUCAAGAAUGCUGGUUUUGGGGUGGGAAAAUGGGUUCCUCAUUUGUAUGUAAACAACAGUGACUAUAUAUGUUGCUCUUACACAGACCCUGAAUGCUCAGAGGAGAAGAAUGAUGGUGACAAGGAGAAUGUUUGUCCGACAAAUGGACAUGGACAAGUUGCAGCGAAGUUGUUUGUGGUGACUAAGGAAAAGCAGAAGUUUCAUGAAGCUCAUGCCUUGGAACAGUGGUGGUCUAGUGAUGCACAACUUCAGCAGGCGAAUAGCAAACUCAUAAGCAGACAGCUUAAAUCAUUGUAUACAACAACUAAUGUUUCUUCGCAGGUAAUGCAGGGAACACCACCCAGAUAACAAUGGUUUGGAAGAAGUGAGUACCUAGGUAACAACAAUGUUUGUGAAAUAAGUUCUAGGUCAUAAUUAUACUUUAGGCUUUCUUAUAAUCUUCCUUCAAACAGAUUGUACCAUUGUCUUUCUUAUAAUCUUCAGAUAGUGAUCGAAGAGCUAA